AUGACAAACACGGAAGAAAAUGAUGACACUAAUGCUUGGAGCGUGAAAUACGAAAUAGGUCAGAUGAAUAACCAAACUUGUCGUUUUCAGCUGGGGGCAAGUCGUGAAUCCAAUCGUGUUAAGAACAUCGAUUUUCAGUUAAGUGAUAAUUCCGCAAAUAAUACAAUUCGAUUGCACUUGGAUAUCACAAGGGUUGGACGUGAUCGUCUCCGUGGAGGGAUAAUAGCUCUUGUUUCUUCUGGUGGUGGGAACCUUAGCAGUCAAAUGUCCUUUAAAAGGGACAUGGAAGAUCUCUCUAUAGAGACAACUAUUGUACCGUACGGUUGUUCAGACAGAGGAGGUCUUGUUGUGCUGGAAAAGAAGAAAUUCUUAUACUCUCGCGAUGCUUACAUGGUGAAUGUGGCGCACUAUUAUCUGACCGGAGAGAUAGGUCUUUCUGUUGCUGCCAAAGUUCGUCGCAAUAAAGGCCACGGUUUUGUUGUUGAAGUGGAGGGUCCUUUCGUACACCCAAGAGCUGAUCUACAAAAGGUUAUUGAACAAACCUGUCGCACCGGUAUAUGGUCGCCUGGUGCGUGUUCUCAUUGCAACAAUGGAGCCAGUUCCAGCACCGCUUCAUCCUUGAGUGACAAGAAAUUAAGUCAAAUCCUCAAACGUCUUUCUUCUUCUGGAAAUGUGAGAGACCAAGUCUACACAGGCCUUGUCAAUGCCAGUGGGCACACGAAUGGUUCUCUAAAUAAUUGUGUUAUCUUAAUAGAUUGUAAGUUUUAA